AUGCGGAAGGGCCCUGAAAGGGCCCUUCAAUCUAGCAUGACUUUGGUUUCUACAUUUGGCUCAUGGAUAACGGCAAAAGCUUCUAUCAUUUUUGUUACUCUUCAGUACAAUGUCACCCUCCCCGCAACAGAAGAACAAGCUACUGAAUCAGCGUCCCUUUAUUACUAUGGUAUCAAAGAUUUGGCUACAGUUUUCUUCUACAUGCUAGUGGCAAUAAUUAUUCAUGCUGUUAUUCAAGAGUAUAUGUUGGAUAAAAUUAACAGGCGAAUGCACUUCUCCAAAACGAAACACAGCAAGUUUAAUGAAUCUGGUCAGCUUAGUGCAUUCUACCUUUUUGCCUGUGUUUGGGGCACAUUCAUUCUAAUCUCUGAAAACUACAUCUCAGACCCAACUAUCUUAUGGAGGGCUUAUCCCCAUAACCUGAUGACGUUUCAAAUGAAGUUUUUCUACAUAUCACAGCUGGCUUACUGGCUUCAUGCUUUUCCUGAACUCUACUUCCAGAAAACCAAAAAAGAGGAUAUUCCUCGUCAGCUUGUCUACAUUGGUCUUUACCUCUUCCACAUUGCUGGAGCUUACCUUUUGAACUUGAAUCAUCUAGGACUUGUUCUUCUGGUGCUACAUUAUUUUGUUGAAUUUCUUUUCCACAUUUCCCGCCUGUUUUAUUUUAGCAAUGAAAAGUAUCAGAAAGGAUUUUCUCUGUGGGCAGUUCUUUUUGUUUUUGGAAGACUUCUGACUUUAAUUCUUUCAGUACUGACUGUUGGUUUUGGCCUUGCAAGAGCAGAGAAUCAGAAGCUGGAUUUCAGUACUGGAAACUUCAAUGUGUUGGCUGUUAGAAUUGCUGUUCUGGCAUCCAUUUGCAUUACUCAAGCAUUCAUGAUGUGGAAGUUCAUUAAUUUUCAGCUUCGGAGGUGGAGGGAACAUUCUGCUUUUCAGGCACCAGCUGUGAAGAAGAAACCAACAGUAACUAAAGGCAGAUCUUCUAAAAAAGGAACAGAAAAUGGUGUAAAUGGAACAUUAACUUCAAAUGUAGCAGACUCUCCCCGGAAUAGAAAAGAGAAAUCUUCAUAAUGAAUUAUAAACUAAUUGAUUAAUGUCCCCAAAGAAAUCUGCUUUCUACUAUAUCUUUCAGCAUUAGAGAUUUUUCUGUUCUUGAAAAUACAGUCUGUGCUCUUUGAUUUUUGCUAUUGUACUGUUUCAUGCAUUUUUUUAAUGGGCAUUUGAGGGGAGGAUUAUUGCUAUGAAUGAAAAAAAUAUUUUAGCUUAGACUAAGCUACCUGCCUUCAAAAUAGUUUAGGGACCACCACCAUAUUUUAUUUUGUUUUUAUUUUUGAACAUUUUUCUAAUGAUUUGGAGAGAAAACUAUUUACAAAAAUUCCACAUAUCAGUGAUACAAUUUCUUGCUGUCACCAAUUUUUUAUAAUAGCAGAGUGGCCUAUUCUAAGAAGGCCAUAUUUUUUAAGUUAUCUUUCAGGGUAAAAUGGAACUACUAUAAAGUUGGAUGUCAAACUUUAAUAUGUUUUCAGUGUUCUCUAAUUUUUAGGAAUUUUUGUAACCUUUACACCUGGAAAAAAAGAUUUGUAAAAUCACCAAAACAAUUGUGUGCUUCAUUUUAUAGGUAGUGGUUAUUAGUAUUACAUCCCCAUUUUAAAAACAAAAACAUAAUGGUUACAACAUGUGGAGUUUUAUUGACAUACAUAUUAAAUCAAAGUAUAUUCUUAAAAGUACUUGUGAAGUAAAAUCUUUCUUGUGCAUUUUCAAUACUUGUAACCUGGAAAUCAGAAAAUAUUUACUAUGAACAGGAAAAUCGGACUUAUAUAGCCCUUUUUGAUAUGUUUAUUAAUAAUGAUUCUUAAUGGGGCUCAUAAUAAGUUUAAUAUGCACAGCAUCUUAGAAAAGUUUAACCUGCAAACCCUUUUAAAACAUAAUGCCUACUUGAUUUAUAUCUAUAAAAAGAAUGUCAGGUAAUUAUAUUUGGAAAACAUUUAAUGCACUAACUUUAAAGAAAUUGAAAAUUCAGGUGGAUAAAUAGUCUUACAAAAGACAAUGUGCUUUAUGUUAUACCUAUAGCUUUGGUCCCAUCUUUAAUUGAGAAACAUUUAUCUGUAUAAAACAUAUUUUUGGAUAAAUAUAUAUAUAUAUAUAUUUGUAUCUCUACAGAAAGGCUCUAAAAAGCAUUUGAGGAAAAUAUUUGGUUCCCUUUUCUAUAAUUAUCCUUUAAAAUCCGUAUAGCUACAUUUGGUUUAUUCAUUGUAUUUGCAGUAUAUAUAUUGUUCCUUUCAGUGUUCACAUCUUGUUCCCCAUUUCUCACUUGUGUCACCAGCUGUUUGUGCCAUUUUUAGUGUAAAAGUUGCAGACCUAUUAGAUCUGCAGUUUAAGUUGCCAUGCUGCUAGGAAGUUGUCCUUUUUCUUUCCAGCUGUUUACCUACUUCCUGGAAAAAGUAGUAGCUCUCUGUAGCAUUAUGGAGUUUCAGUGGAACCAAAUCUUUGCCAUUAAAAACUGGCAUUAUACUGAACUAUACAUUGAGAAAUCAAUCAAAAUAAAAAUUUUUACUUUCACAA